CGUCUUUUGUCGUCUCAAGCAGCACAUUUCUAGAACAGUCUCGUGCUCAUUUUCAGCCACCUGAGUGACAGAAGGUGCAGCAACAUUAGGGCCUGGCUAUGUUGAGGAAAGAAAAUCUAUUUAUAGGCUCCUUAUCGUCAAACAAACAGAGCGCAAGUGCUGUGCUACCCAGCUGAGAGAGGAGAGGAGGGAGCUUUCGUUUUCUCACAGCAGGGGCGAGGAAGUGAUUUGGGCACUUUGUGCAGGAACAAGUUCAGCAGCGGAGGGUGGUUUUUGUUUGGUCUGUGUGAAGAGGAGCUGAUGGAGUUUGCAGAGCACAUCAAGACCGCUAAUGUGGAGGAUGUUGUGCUCCGACAGCCGCUGCACCCGCCGAGCAGAGGCACCCUGUGCAUCACCGGCCACCACCUGCUCUUCUCGGACAGGGAGGAGGGCAGCUGUCGGCAGGUUCUACUGCUCCUCAGGAACAUCGAUGCUAUUGAGAAAAGUGUGGAAAACCUUUUGGUCUACUCCCGCCGCUUCUCUAAUGCAGGCCGCAGUCAAAGGAUGUCUGGAUCCUCAGGGACGAUUACCAUCAAGUGCAAAGAUCUGCGUGUGCUCCAGCUUGAUAUCCCAGGCAUGGAGCAGUGUCUCAACAUCGCACACUCUAUUGAGACCCUGUCCUGUCUGGACUGUGUGUCGGAGAUGUAUCCUUUCUUUUACAGACCGUCUGAUGCCAGCCUGCAGGACCAGUGGGGUCUUUCGUCCCCUGAACAGCACUACAGUCAAAUGAAAGAACUUCAUGAUAAAUGGAGACUGAGCACUGUAAACAGAGACUACCUAGUUUGUCCCUCUUACCCUCCAGCUGUUAUUGUCCCCAAGAACAUAGAUGAUGCCACACUGGAGAAGGUGGCCAAAUUCAGACAGGGGGGACGCUUCCCUGUCCUCUGCUACCACCACAGGAAGAACGGCAUGGUAAUCAUGCGCAGCGGUCAGCCACUGACGGGAGCCAAUAGGAAGCGCUGCAAAGAAGACGAGCAGCUCCUCCAGGCUGUGAUAGACGGCUCAGACAAAGGUUACAUUAUUGACACACGCUCCAGUCAGCAGGCACUGCAGGCUCGCAUGAUAGGCGGAGGGUUUGAGUCCAAAUCGUUUUACAACAACUGGAAGAGGCUGCACAGACAGAUGGAGAGAGGUAAGGCACUGCAGGAGAGUUUCAUUAAACUGGUGGAGGCCUGCGGUGAUGAGUCCAAUAAUAUGGACAGAUGGCUCAGCAAGCUUGAAAAUUCAAAGUGGCUGUCUCAUGUCCAAACUGCCCUGUCAACUGCUGGCCUGCUGGCGGAGUGUGUGGAGAGGGACGGUCAUUCAGUUCUGGUUCACGGCUCUGAAGGCACAGACUCCACUCUGCUCAUCAGCACUCUGGCUCAGCUCAUCAUGGACCCAUACUGUCGCACACUGGAGGGCUUCCUGGCUCUGCUGGAGAGAGAGUGGAUACAGGCAGGACACCCGUUCCAGCAGCGAUGUGCCCACUCCGCCUACUCCCAUGCCCGUCUCCAGCAGGAGUCCCCGGUCUUCCUGCUGCUGCUGGACUGUGUGUGGCAGCUGUGGCGUCAGUUCCCCCUCGCACUGGGCUUCUCUGAGGCGCUGCUCCUGAGGCUGGCGACUGAGGCAUACGCAUCUGACUACGGCACCUUCCUGUGCAACAGCCAUCAGGAGAGGUGUGCUCUUGGAGUGAAGAAGAACACUCACUGUUUGUUCCAGGCCCUGUUGAGACCCAGGGAGAGAGAUUACUACUCCAACCCCCUGUAUGACCCCACUGAACUAGCAAUCUGGCCCUCGGUCCACCCUCAGUCCCUGCAGCUUUGGAGAGGUUUUUUUCUGAGGUGGACCCCACAGACUCGUCACCUGGAAGAGGCGCAGGAGGAAAUAAGGAACAUGGUUAUUGAAUGGGGGAAGCUGGCGCUCAGCUGAUGCACCAUCAGUACGUUAGGAAGUGAGCCUGAACAUGUAGAGCAUGCUUUAAGGAGGAAUUUUACCAAUGUGCAAUGCCUUUGACUGUGGAACUGUCUUUUCAGAAUUCAACCUAUUGUGUGUUAAUGUACAGUAAUUUUUUUAUUCUUUCAUAAAAAUUGUUUGGAGAAAAAAAGCGAAUUG